GAGGUCGCAAUGCUCGGUUGGCAACCCUGUGCUUACCGAUUACAAUUUCCUCCAUUUUGUUUAUGAAAGCCGAUAAAAGUGCUUUUCACAAAAAAAUAGCUAAAAACAGGUAUUCAGCUUGAAGAUUUUAUGUGAAAAUGGCUAAAACAAUGUGAUGUGAUUAAGUGCAGAAUUGGUUUUGUUACGAUGGAUCCAAGUGACCCUCUUAAGGAGUUUCUCAAAAACACUGGUUGGUCCUGUGACGAGCUUCUGCAGAAACUACUACAAGUAAAACAACAAAUCUCAGCAAGUCAACAGCAAACCAAAGAUGACACGUCAACAGGGAACCGUCUUAGUGAUAACGAUAGUAGCUCACAAGCUGGAAUUUCAAGUAAAACCAAACCUGCAUCUGUUAAUACAAGAUAUAACGUAGCUGAUAAGGAUUUCUCUGAUACUGAUGAAGAGGAACAAAAAGUGAUAAUAAGCAAUAAACGUAUUAUAGACGAAAUAGUUGAAGAUACACACAAAGAAGAUCCACCUCCUGCUGAUAUACCUGAAAAAUCAAUAGUAAUUGAACUGGAUAGUGAAGACGACGAAGAAGAUGAUAAUUUUGAAGAGGAAUGUAGUCAUAGUACUAAACAACCUGGAACGCCUCUCAACAAAGAACUACCGAAAGAGAAAAACAGUAAUGUUAAAGAAAAGAUCAGUAUUGAUUCCAUCUCCACUAUUGUAAUCGAAGAUGAUGAUCCAUCUGAUACAGAAAAAACUGCAGCUGAAAGAACAAAUGAAAUGUUUCCAUCUUUAUCUAUGGUCCGAACGGAUUCUGCGGAUGAUCUUCAAGUGUUAUCCAUAGAAGACGUAUAUGAAACGACUCCAAGAGCUAAGGGGUCCAUACAUGUCGUAAGUGAGUCAGAUCUAUCAAUGGAAGACAUUACAAUUGCACAUAAAGGGUUCAGUAAUUCAGAAGAUUGGCUGCCUAAGAUUUCCUCGAUUGAAGGUGGAAUAGACUUGAAUACAAAAUUUAAAGCUAAAAGGAUUGAUUUAUCUCUGGGUGAUGUUAUGCAUCAUACAAUUACCCAAUCUAUUCUUAAUAGGGAAGAAAAGUUACUAGGUAUAACAGAUAAUAAAGUUUUAUCGGAUAUGAGUAAUAAUGAAAAUAGUGACAUUUUGUUGGAUCGUAGUUCCACACGAAAAGAUGAUAUAGCUAUUGCAGCUAAUAGUGCAAUUGUUAAAGAGCGUAUCCCAUCCAACGUGCCAUUAGGAAUCGAAAAGGCUGAUACUUCGUCAAAUGUUGAAACAAAUGAACAUUUGACUACUUGUAUUGUUACGUUAGACUUGACUGAUGUUGAAAACAUAAGUGCUCGCAAAGAUCAUGCUCUACCGCCAAAUGCGGAACAUGUAUCUGGCCAGAAGCCUGUAACCAAUGAAGGUUAUGUUGAAGAUAAAUCUUCGAAUUCUGAAGAUAACAUUACAGUCGUUAUAACUGAUAAGGUUAAAUGCAUUGCUCGAGGCGUAUCUUCGACUAAUGAAGAAGAUGCUACUACGUUUGAUCUUACCGAUCAUGUUGAAAGCAGUAGUGCUGAGAAUGAUCAAAAGCCUUCAGUACAAACUGCUGAUAGAGAUUGUAUCACAAAUGAUGUACAAUUUAUUGUCGGAGAGAAGGAAAGUAGUAUCAAUGCAUUAGCUGACAGUUGUCCAAAAAACAGCAUUGAGGAGAACUGGCAGAUUCCUAAAAUUCUGUCAGUUGAAGGUGGCGUAGAAAAUGAUGAAAUUCAAAUGGAUACUACAGAAGCAUCAAAUGAUCAGUCAUAUUCAUUAUUACAAGACACUAUGAAAAUCCCGAACGGCUCAGUGGCUUCUUCAGGAAAAAUUCGUAUUGAUAUAUUGAGUUGCAGUGGUCUAAAAGACAGUACCGAAGAAAAGUGGCAAAUUAAUAAAAAUAUUUCGUUUGAAGGUGCCGUGGAUACUUCAGAAAUUCCAGAUGGUAAGUUACAAGAGGCUGAACCAAAAAUUGACACUGCGGAAAUCUCGAACAGCUUAGCGGUUUCUUCAGAACAUAGUGUGAGUGAAAAUGAAGACAUUGUAGAAACUGAUGUCCCUAUUAAAACUCAGGAUCCAAGUCAGGAUCGUAAAAUCCAAGAUCCACGUGACGUGGAAACAUCGUUAAGACCUGUAGUUCCUGAAGAUUCCUCAGGUUUAGGCAUCAAAAUUGGAGAUACUGUUUCCGUGGAAAGAGCUUCUGAAGUUGAAUCUUUGCUGGGGUCAUCAGAAUUUUCAUCUACAGUAUGCACAGUGGAUGAUUCAAAUAUCAGUUUUUCUGAAAGUACAUGUCAUGAUGAACCAAAUGUGAUUGGAGAUUCAGCAGAAUGUUGUGAAGAAAGGAAACCUGACGCUGCGUCAGAGGAUGUGAGUCAAAAUCAAGAUACAAUCCAGCCAAAAACAAAUGAAUCAGACGAAGCAACAAAUGAAGAUACGAAUGGAUUAAAACCAUUUGAAGAUUCGUCGCCAAAGGAGUUAUCUGAUACUUCUGCAAAAAUUAGUGUUCUAGAGAUGGGUGAUACUGACAUUAAGAAUCCAACUGUUGAUGAGUCGGUACAAAACGAAACGUCUCAUGAAUUCAAAGAUUUAGAUAAUUCAGUGAUCAAUGAAACAAGAGAUUCUAGUCAUACAUUGGAAGGGUCAUCAGUAAUAUUGAACAAGACAAGUGAGAGUAUAGUCAGUAAAGUUUGCGAAUUUCAGAAGCAAGACUAUAUUCCAGAAAAAAAUGUCGUUGACACAGGAGAGAUUGAAACUUCUCAGAAGUCAAACAUUUUUGUAAAUAAAGAACCAAUUGUCGAAGAUGUAACAGAAUCAGAAACUGAACCUAACAUUUCUUCAAAAAUCGAAGACGAUUUAGGAAACUGCAAGCGUCAUUCUUCAGAAAAAUAUGUUGUAGAAGAGCAUUCUUCCAGUGAUGUCGAAAUAAAGUCAAAAUCAACUGAAGAGCAGCUGGAAUCACUGACAACGUUAUCAGACACGAUCAAAGAUGCAGGGGUUUUAUCAGGUCCAGAUGAACCGUCAAAAAUCGAAGGCAAAAAUGUAGAAGAAAGUUCUUCAAGUGAAGUCGAGAUAAAGAAAAAAUCAACUGAAAAGCAGUUGGACUUACUGACGACGUUAUCAGACACGAUCAAAGAUGCAGAGGUUUCAUCAGGUCCAGAUGAACCGUCAAAAAUCGAAUUCAAAAAUGUAGAAGAAACUUCUUCAAGUGAAGUCGAGAUAAAGAAAAAAUCCACUGAAAAGCAGUUGGACUUACUGACGACGUUAUCAGACACGAUCAAAGAUGCAGAGGUUUCAUCAGGUCCAGAUGAACCGUCAAAAAUCGAAGGCAAAAAUGUAGAAGAAAGUUCUUCAAGUGAAGUCGAGAUAAAGAAAAAAUCAACUGAAAAGCAGUUGGACUUACUGACGACGUUAUCAGACACGAUCAAAGAUGCAGAGGUUUCAUCAGGUCCAGAUGAACCGUCAAAAAUCGAAGGCAAAAAUGUAGAAGAAACUUCUUCAAGUGAAGUCGAGAUAAAGAAAAAAUCCACUGAAAAGCAGUUGGACUUACUGACGACGUUAUCAGACACGAUCAAAGAUGCAGAGGUUUCAUCAGGUCCAGAUGAACCGUCAAAAAUCGAAGGCAAAAAUGUAGAAGAAACUUCUUCAAGUGAAGUCGAGAUAAAGAAAAAAUUAACUCAAAAGCAGCUGGAAUUACUGAAUACGUUAUCAGAAACGAUCAAAGAUGCAGAAGUUUCAGCAGGUCCAGAUGAAGCGUUAAGUGAAAAUGAGCAAUCUGAUCCAAAUGAAAGGGAUACGUCCAACAAACUUGAAGAAAGCAAUAUUAAGGAAAAUUGCUCAGAGGGAGAUAUUGGAAAUCAGAAGCUAAUGGAAGAUAGAGUAGAUUUUCGAAUACCUGCAACAGAAAUCAGUACCGGAGAAGGCGAUUCUAUAAAUAAGGAAAAAGUUGAGAGCCAGCCCAAGAUAUCUGAAAGUAUAAUAAACCUUCAAAAAUCUUCAACAAAAAUCAACUCGUCGGAUGUUGAGUCAUCUGCAAAAGAUGACAAAAUUGCUCCGCCUGGCACAAUUUUGGUGAACGAAAAAGAGGCAGAUUCUAUCACGUCCAACAAACUUGAAGAAAGCAAUAUUAAGGAAAAUUGCUCACAGGGAGUUAUUGGAAAUCAGAAGCUAAUGGAAGAUAGCGUAGAUUUUCGAAUACCUGCAACAGAAAUCAGUACCGGAGAAGGCGAUUCUAUAAAUAAGGAAAAAGUUGAGAGCCAGUCCAAGAUAUCUGAAAGUAUAAUAGACCUUCAAAAAUCUUCAACAAAAAUCAACUCGUCAGAUGUUGAGACAUCUGCAAAAGAUGACAAAAUUGCUCCGCCUGGCACAAUUUUGGUGAACGAAAAAGAGGCAGAUGCUAUCACAACUGCAGAAAGUACUGAAGAAUAUGAAGUCGAGUAUCGUCUAGUAGAUCCACGUACCGUGGAAAGUCCACUGUCGGCCAAGGAAGGGAUUCAUAAAAUAGCUGAAACUUUGAGCGACUCUUCUGAAGAAGAGUAUGUUGUUGAAGCCCUGGAGGAUACUCCAACCUUGGAAGACGCAGAUGAAGCCGUGCGGGUUAAUAAAGGUACCAGUCAUCUUUCCAUCUUUUCGGGCGAUGUCAGCCCCAGGCAUAAUGCAAUAGGUGGAAAUAAAUCCAUAUUGAUAACAAGUAAAACACCAGACAUUUUUUCUAUAGGCAAGAUUAAAACUACAGAAGAUAAGAUGUUACUUUCCAACAAUUCGAAUACUAUGGAUAAAGCAGACUUUGUCAAAGCAGUUAGAAAAAAAUUACAGUUUUACAAACAGAGACAAGCACUUUCCAGUCGACAAAAUACUGACCUUCGAAGUAGUAUUAUUAAUAAAAUGCAAUCUACAGUUACGUCAAUUGCAAGUCUUACUGGUGAUGAAAAAAGUCCUGACAUGCCUAAAAAACUAUCUAUGGCCGACAUUCUCCAACGUAAGCUUGAUAAACAAUCUGCAGAUAGUUGUAAUGUUAACCAGAAUCCUGAUGAAAGUCAAUCAUCUCUAAUUGAAAACGGACCUAGUACUGCAAAGGGAAUGCCUGCAGGCACAUGUUCUGAAGAUACAAUUGUUAAUAUAAACUGUCCAAAAGAUGAUGCAAACGACCUACCGUUGCCUGCUGCGUUAGUUGCUGUGGAAGGGUACAAUGAAAAUGACAUCAACGCAGAAACAACUUUACAAACUACUUUAGGUCAAGAGGUCGAACCUGAUGAUAUUUCUAUGACCAUUGCUGCUAGACAAGCUGCCACCAAAAGUGAUGAGAACGAUAUGAUUGAUAAAAAAGGACCGACAGAAGCACAUUUGAUCGGGAAUACAAAACAGCGAUGUCAAGUAGAUGAAGAUGCGAUAUUUGCGAUACCCAAACUACCUCCUUUACGAGCAUCUACCAGUAAAGAGAAGGAUAUGGAUAUUGGAAACGUUGAAGAUAUUAGAGCGAAUCUAAAACUGCAAUUGAAUAGUCUGAGAAGUAGGAAAAGACCACACGUCAAGAUCACGACACAGAUCGACGGUAGUUUUUUCGAGAAAAAGGAAAAAGAUAUGGCAACAAAACAGUCAGAAGAUAAAACAGCGGUGGUCUCUGAGGAGAUCGUUCCUCAAUUGUCCCAAGAUCAACUUUAUACGCAGACAAACGAGCUAGGCUUGGUGAUUUUGGACGUGCAAGGAGGAGUUGAUUUGGAUGAUUCAAAAACUGAUGGCGCAGUUGGAGAACAUCAGUCUGAAGAUGUCGCUGUUCCUAAGGAGGGUGACAAUAACGACGUUGCAGAUUUAGUGAGACAGAUCAUUGGCAAAAAGUGCGAACCGAGAAUCAGGAUACGAAAAGACCUGUCCGCACCUCCACCUGUGAUCGACGACUUUGAAAUAUUCCAGAAGAGAACUUGCAGUGAAAAUGUUGAAACCGCUGGCCCUAGUGCUGAACCCAUGCCCAGCACCUCUACAGCAAUAUUGGAUGAGAGUGCCUUACUCCGUGACGAACAUUCCCGGUUAUCUUCGCACGAGAAUAGUUUGUCAGGUGGUCCAAACGAGGAAAUUUCUCCUUUCAUAAGCAACACUUUGGACGAAUAUUUAACCGGGGAUGCUCAGCUAAACGUCAGCUACACAAUACCAAAAUGUGGAGCCGAAGAGGGCAUCCGAGAAUUGCAUUUCGAAUCGGAACCGGUGCAAUUGGUUCAGAGAAAGGCCGUAGAGACGAAAAAUGGGGAGGUCGAGGGACCUGUCAAGAAAACAGGCAAAAAGGUACGAACGCUAGCACAGAAACGGAAACUGUUAGAAAAACAGAUGGCAAGAGAAAAGAAACAAAAAGAGAAGGAACAAGAGAAGACAAGCUUAUGGAAACAGAGAGAGAAGGUGCAAAAAGAAUUCGAAGAAAGAAAUAAAGACCGAUCGUAUGUCAUCGCAGACGGAAAGAAAAUCUAUGUGCAAAGUACAAUUCCUAGAAUAUGUAUACUCAACCUAGACGAAGGAACAUCGUCUACGCCAAAAGUGAACGUACCUGAAAGCCCACGCAAAAAUAAAAUAUCUCUUUUGGAGAAUUUGCACAAGAGGCAAGAGGUCCACUAUUCACCUGGUCCGCUGUCCAAGAAAACAGUCUUGCCAGUCAGCGGUACAAGCGAGUGGACGACAGAAGUGAAAACUUUACCGAAUGUGUUUGUUGAAGUGGUACCGAAACUUGGUCAACCUCUACCUGCAGAAUUGAUGGGCAGGAUUGAUUUCGAUGUCAAUAUAGGAGAAGACCACGUCGAGUUUGCUUUGACGGCUCUGAAGACCAAAAAUCCACCUUUGGAACCGGCUAGAAAGUUCGUACUGCCUGUUAAGUAUAAAAAGAACCAACAGCAGAUUAUAGUGAGGAAAAAAAUACCACCUCCAGAACCUAUCGAGAUUAGAUCUAUCGAGGAUAAAGUAGACAAGGAUGUUUCUCAUGGUGAUGAUAGUGCUAUAGUAGCUAAAGUGAUUGAUGAUAUGAUAAGAUACGUAGAAAUAAAGGAGUUAGGGCCAUCAUUGAUAAAGGAAGAUGAUUACGGCUUUACUGAUGAAUUUAAACUUGAGAAGAAUAAAGAACCAAGCGUGGAUGGACACUUGAGCAUACUGAAAAGAUCGCAAAGGAAGAGAUCUCAUUUGGAUUGUGAACUACUGAGAUUGAGCUGCAAAAUAGUUAGUGUUGAGGUGGAGAAUGAAGAUGUGGAGAAACCUUGCGACAAACCGUUUUGCCGUUUAGGCUGCGUGUGCAAGAGCUUAAAUUGCGAGAACACGAUGAUCUUCCAUUGCCAAAAGGAAAAGUGCAUAUUCACUUGCACGUGUCCUAAGGAACGAGCGACAGCCGCGCGUGAACAUAGGGUCACUCUGCCUGCCGGCACGAAUGUUCUUUCGGUCGACACGGUCCACAGGAUCGAAGAUGAGGCCAAGAAACAUCUAGCUAGGGUGGAACGCGAGUUUACGCAGACUAUCAUACAGACGAACAACCGGACGAUUGUGGUGGGGGCCACCGACAGAUCCAAGACCAGAAGGAUUGCCCAGGUGCCCAAGAAAUAUAACGAUUACGUCGAGCAUACGGACAUGGUUGUGGAGGAUAAUGUUCGCAUACCUGAACAGGUGGAGUUCACAAAGCAAUGCGUGGUGAUCAUGACAAAACUGAACCUGGACGGUAUCACUCCAUUCUGUCUCCGUCACAAUCUAUAUGACUGCUUUUGCGGAGGCAAGAGCGAGUACCUGCCUAAGGUCCAUCUUCAGAAGCCGUUAACUGCCUCUGUUGCUACCAAUAUCGCAACCAAAACUCCAAAACAUGCAGUCAAAAAGAGCAUCCCUCAGAAAGGCAGACCGAAGAAGAUCGUCGACGAGAAUACUCAUAAUGAUCCUAUGUCAAGGAAACGCUCUUACAGUUCGGCAGGUCUUGGAAGCAGUCCUAAGUCAGGUCCAGGCAAGCAACAACACGGUAUCAAAGAUACAACCAUCGGCUGCGGCGAUGAAGGAAACGCCUCAAAUUCGAGCCUGGAUGCAAGUCUUGAGUCGCCGACGUCGAGGAACAAAAAAGUGAAAUUGAGCGAACAUUUCGAAUAUUCGGAACCUAUCCAGAAAGACAUUUGCGGCAGCGCGAGAACAAUGGGGGUGUUCGCCCCGAAUAUUAGAUAUAAGAAGUUCAGUACAGCGGCUUUGAAGAAUGAUUUUGUUUACAAUUACAGCCAGGCCGAUCUGCUCAAGAUCAAGAUGAAUCAUAUGCAGAAAAAGAAACACUUGGAGGUGGACAUUUUGAAGCAGACCUUACUCUCAGAGUACUUGGCUUCGCAGAAUGUUUCAAAGAACAAAUCUGGCAUUGUACCAGUGGAAACGCCCUUUUCUUCAAGCCGUGUUAGUAAAAGGAAGCAAACUCUGGAAGUGAGGAAGGAUGUUGGACAGUCGCCCAAAACUGAUGACGUCACCACUAUUGCUGAUGUCGCCACUUCUGCUGACAAUCAGAAGAAAAAGGUUACGACGGAACCUGUUCCUAUUUUUGAUGGCGAGAUCAUAAUAAACGAAUCCAGUAUGGAACUGCUUCGGAAAAUGGGUCCUAGGACGGUCCUGGAAGGAUACGCGCGCUUGUUGCCAUGGCGAGCUCUCAGCGACGGCUUCAAAAACGGCGUCAUCAAGAUCUGGUGCAUGGUGGACCAACCGUCCAGGUUACUGAUCAAUAAAGCAGACAAGAAAGCGCCCAGGAAUUACAUUGAUAUCAGGAAUACGAAACAACCGACAGAGGUGAUAUUAUGGAUCCUGCGCGACAAGUUGCCUACCAGCUACCACGAAGAAAAUGUAUCGUUCAUCCUACGCGAGACCAAGUAUAAUUUCGAGAUAUGUGGCAUCUGCACGAGAAACCUGGACAUCGGCUUAAACAACGACAGCAGUAGAGCAGUCCAACAGACGCAAAGGCUUGGAGUUGUUCAUAGCAGUUGGUUGGAACUGGGCACAGAAUUCAAGCAUCGUGAUAUGAAUAGAUUUUCUCAAUAUUUGAAGAUAUGCAUCGAAAGACACACCACGAAAACGUACGUCUUCCAGGAGUCUGAAGAUCCUGAAGAACCGGAGACAUUGGAGGCUAACCUACCACCAAUCGGCGCGAAUUACAAAUGGCGUCUGAUACAUAUGAACUCCGACUUUUCCUUCUUGUACUUCACGAAAACCCAUUAUUCGGUGAAGUACGUGGAUUUGUGUUACGCUUCGCACAACGGCAACGCAACUAAAGACUCGACCUUGAUGCUUCAUUCUUCCAAGCUGAAAACGGCGCAAGAUCAUCCGAAAAUGGGCAUCUACUUCGACCAGAAUCAACCCAACAAGUUGUUCGUGGGGCCGUAUCUGAAAACGAACCCUGAUGAAAAUACCGUUGAGACGCUGAGGUAUUUCAACCAGCAACUCGUCGUAACGGACGAGUUCAACAAGUUGCGUGGCAAAGACGACUAUCGCAGUGGUUAUUGGUUGGUUGAAGAAACUCCAUCUGCUGACUCAGUGGAACCUCAAAGUGAGGAAUACACAAUUGAUCUAACACUGGACGAAACGCCACCGACCAAGGAUUCAAGUAACGCCAUUGGCGCCGAAGAAACAUCUGAGCAACGGAAACGGAAGAGGUCAGCCAGUAGCAGAGCGUCGUCGAUCUCGGAGUCAGAUAUCGGAUACUUGGGAAAUCUCAGUUUGACACAUGACAAUGCGCAUAUUGAGAUCGUCGAGGCACCGCCUAGAAAACCUGAAGAGUUUAACAGAUUUGUGAUAACAAACAUUCCACAUUUUGGUUAUUUGGGAGCAUUCAAACAUGCAGGAUCCGAUAAGAUCGACGUAUCGUGGCCAUUUGAAAAUAAACUGCUGAGAUUCCCGUCUGUGCAAGUUGCUACAGAAUUCUUACAGGAACGCCUGUCUUCACUACUGCUACCUGUACCAGAUACUUUCAAAGUACACGUGAUAGUCGUCAACCACUUAGAUACCGACGCGAAUUUACCCAUAGAUGCAAACGUACUUAGCGGUCACUAUAUCUGUGGCGAGUUCGGAUACUACAAUAUUCUGACGAUAACACCACAAAUUUGCCUGAACAAAUUGGGCAAAACUCGGGAAGAAUUGCUAAGGAUGUUUGCAAAACGGUGCCAAGUGAUCGUGAAGAAGAGAUCUGAUACUUUGGCCGCCUUACUGCACCUUAGCAAACCGGCAGAUAGUGAUGGAAUCAUUUAUGUUAAUAACAAGGCAGUGAUCGAAAUCCGCAAUCAAAAAAUGCUAGAACGCCAACUCGUGAACCAAAAAACGGAACUGAUGAUAAAGAAGCGCCGUCUAGCGACGGAACUGUUCAUGUAUAUCAGCGAACUUCCUGAACGGGAACGGAACGAGUUCAGCAAAAGGUUCCGCAGCAUCCUGACGCCGAGACGGGACAUAGAACCGAUCGAAAUCGUGUCGGAUUCUGAGGAAGACAAAGCGAGGGCGGAGGAGGAACGUGGACCGCCCGUUUUGGAGGCAGAGCCACCGACGAUGACUGACACUCACAAUAGAACACAACCGUUGAAUGAUAAGUUGCCCGUCUUGGAGAAACAGGUUCCCACUGGUACUGCACCACCACAUUCGAUCAAUAAAGGCAAAGAGCCAGUUGCCGUUCCUCUUCAAUUUUGGUCAAUAUCGGCGCUCCCCUCCGCAUCUGCUAACCCUAACGUCAAACUAGACUUGAUGCCGAUCAAUGCAAGAUCUUUGCUUCGCACCCCAGCAAUCGGAGCUCCGCCCAUUAAGGACGUAUCCACCGUAACCACGCCUCCUGCAACUGCGCCUAUCCAGGCCGCCUAUCUGGCGACAACGCCCCACGGCAAGUAUCUGAAGGGCAUCAAGGUGGUCAAAAAGCCCAAUGGACAGUUGUUGAUUGUACCGGACAAAAAUAGCGGCAUUACUUCGUCGGCUACUGAAAAGGUGAUAUUGAAAGGCGUGAAUAUCAGACCGGAAGGCUCGAGGCGUACUUCCAACGAGUCUGCUAAUGUAGAUGGCAAAAGUGCUACUUGAAUCGAAGAAAAUACGUUAAAAUCCUGAAACCAGGAAUCUACUCUGAUUGUGGAUUCGUUGGAGCAAGUCUUGAUCCUAAACUGUGAUAAAACUCAAGUUACAUAUAAAACGUUGUAUUGUAACCAUACCUUAGCAACGAUUUAAUUUUACAUUGUGGAAUAGUAGUAAUACAAAAGGUACUAUAAAAGUUUUGCAAUACAGUUUUGUUUAUUGACUUCGUCCAAAGUAAUUUCCAACACAUGCAAUAUACCGAUAAAACUAGUCCUUAAACCAGCUCUGCCAAGUUUUACCCGAGAGUGCAGCACACCAGUGGCGACGCGUGACUUUUCCGAAACUGUUACCAAAAGUUUUUGCUUAUUUUAGGUAUUUUAUUUAAACUAUUUUUAAAUUAAGGUAAACAUUCCUGGACUGAGCGUAUGGGGCACUUGAUAUACCUCAUCGUCUUAUGCUAUGACUAAUCCAAGCCGUCCGAAAAAACAGUCGACGUUUCUAGAUGUUCGGAAAAUUUUUGAUCUUUUUUGGCAAUGAAUGUUAACAAUUCCCUGUAAUUUCCUCUAAGUCAUCCACUUCAAAAUUAACGAUAAUUCCUGUUUUGCCAAAAACAUACGGUAUAAGUGUGCUGCCUAAAAGCUUGGUUAAAACAACUUUCGAUUCUUGUCUUGUCAAACUGAAUUAAAUUGGCUACACAUCUCACAUGUAACGGAGAAAUUUCAUGUCUCCUCUUUAGAGCCCUAAAACUAUUUACAUCGUUGACUCCGCUGCUGGUCCACCCAUUUUUUUCUGUAUAAAACAGAAGACAUC